AUAUAUGGUGAACGUACAAUCUGCCACAAUAUGUUUUGAAGGGGAAGGAGGAAAAGGCCAGCUCGCUACUAGUGGAAAGAGAUCAAUUAAUUCUAGUAUAUCAUAUGUACAAAAAUUAGGAACUACUUAAUAGCACUACAUCGAUCGAAUUUUAAUUUUGGUUGAAUCUUUUCACAACUCAUGUACUAUCUGUUGGGGUUGCCCACAUCGGUUGUGGAAUGAGCUGGUGGUUAGUUUAUAAAUGUGAGGAAAAAUCUCACAUUUUGAACUAGCUUUUGAGAUUGAGAGAGACCCAAAACCACCCAACAAUGGUAUCAGAACCCAUUUUAACCAACAGUCUUAGCCCCAACAGUUUGUGGGAGAAACAGUUUGUCGCUGCCCCAACCUAGGGCCCGAUGUGUGAAGGGGAGAUUAUUGAAAUUGUCCCACAUCGGUUGUAGAAUGGGUUGGUGGUUAGUUUAUAAGUGUGAAAGAAACACUUAUUUUGGAGCUAGCUUUUGAGGUUGAGAGAGGUCUAAGAUCACCCAACACUAUCAACCCCAAGUUAUUAUUAUAUAAAAAUAUAUGGUCCUCCACAUUAUUACAUACAUAAUCCCUAGAUAGCAUGGUUUAUAUUUGGGUUACAUUAAAAUAAAAUAAUAUUAGGGAUACAUUAAUAAUUAGGGGAGAAAAAAAUUACUCAUGAUUCGCAUGCACCACAAUAUCGAACAGAUCGAAUAAUGCACAAUUGCACCUUUUUUUGUAUCCCAUAAUAUUUGUCCCCCUAGCUUUACAAUUUUUCUUUAUAUGUGUUAUAUUGAAAUGUGCAUGGCUUGCCAGAAACGUACUCCAGUAGAUGGCUUAUCUCGCAUCUCAGCCGUACCAGCUUGGGGAAGAGAUUUCUGGAAGCCAACUAUUCCAAAGACUUGCAAAGCAGUUUCAGUUACCAAGACUAAAAAAUGAAGAAGUAGAGAAGGAUCAAUAUUGUAGAAUUAGCUCGGAUUUUGGAUCAGUUGUCAAGACUGUGGCUGUCAAAAAUGGUCGGUCUCCUUGUGUCAAUUGGACGGAGAGAAGAGCGGCGGUUCUGAUUUGUCUCUUUGAAGGCGAAGAAGGUGAAUUACGAGUGAUUCUCACCAAGAGAUCCAUGAAACUGUCCUCUUACCCAGGGGAUGUAGCUUUGCCUGGUGGGAAAUUUGAGAAAGGUGAUGCAGAUGACUCGGCUACUGCAUUGAGAGAAGCCAUGGAAGAGAUAGGAUUGGAACCUAAUCUGGUUCGAGUUGCUGCCACUUUAGAGCCUUUUAUUUCUCAGCACCUACUCAAGGUUGUCCCUGUGGUAGGCCUACUUGCUAGGAAAGGAGAUUUCAGGCCUUCACUCAAUACCGAUGAAGUUGAUGCUAUUUUCGAUGUGCCGUUGGAGAUGUUUCUCAAGAUAAACACUAAAGGAUAAUCGGUCGGGAAAUGAUCAUCAGGUAAAAACUCUACCAAACGCUUAAGUACAUCCAUUUCUCACAUUUUUGCAGCACAUAUAUGCAUGAUAGUGACCUGCAGCCCCCUUACCCUUGGUUCUUUGGCCUUGAAAUACAAUGAAAAAGGAGAAAUUUUUGUGCGGCCGACUCUCUUUCCGUUUUUUGUAUAAAGCGGGGGUUAGAGGACUUCUUCACGGCCUAUUCACAAAAGAAAACGGCUGAAAACAUGAUUUGAAUAGAAAUACUGCUCCUAACUCUGUGAAAUUAAUUAUAUACAGAUCAGGUAAGAAAGGGACCAAGGAAAGAGACUGCAGGGUGUGUUGUCAUGUAAUUUGUGUUCCAUAUAUGCUCCCACGAAACUCAAGCCCCAUACCAACCAUUCUUAUUGAAAAGAUAAAUAAUAUCCAUCAGUUUUUGAGUUAUCA